AUGGCUGACAAGUCCGCAUACAUGUCCGCUGGAGGAUACAGCUCCGGAUACAUGGGAUCCAACGCCUCGUCUUCUGGAUACGCUUGCGAGGACUACGCAUCUGGAGGAUCGGGUGCAUCCAACAACAACAACCAAGGAGGAUCCGGAGGAAACACCAAUCCAGGAGCUCAAGUCUUCAAGGCCCGCACCGAUCAAUCGUGCUAUUUGGGCCCAUUAUCGUUCAUUGGAAUGAAGCCGAAACCGCCACCAGCCGAUCGUCGUGUCCUUUAUCAAAAAUGUGUACUUCUUUUUUUGAUAUAA